CAAUGAUAUUACACAGUGCUUCAGAAAAUAGGCACCAGCAGGCAGGCAGCGGUACCACCGCCAUUACUUUUAACUUAAAGGCGGCCUCUCCCUUCCCCUUCUUUCAUUGGUAACAGUAACCAGCAGUUCUGCAGGCGCCGUUCCUUUUCUUACACCAUACUCCUCUCCCUAUAGACCCACAUAUUCUGAUGAAAUAUUCGUAAACAAGAAUUUGAUACAAGAAAAAUAAAUCAUGUUAGAGGAUAAUUCCCAGUGUCCGCAGUGGAUUUUAGGCCUUUUGACAGAGAAAUUCUUCAACGCUUGCUUAAUUCACGAGGAUUUAAAGAAGAAUGAGAAGAACAUCUUUUGCUUAGACUGCUGCGAGGGAAUUUGCGCUCACUGCUCCCAAGUUCACCACUCACAUCGCCUCCUGCAGAUAAGAAGAUAUGUUUAUCAUGAUGUUUUGAGGCUGGGGGACGCUGAGAAAUUAAUGGACUGUGCUUAUGUUCAAUCUUAUACAACGAACAGUGCAAAAGUAGUCUUCUUAAAUCAACGACCCCAAACAAGGGCAUCAAGAGGCUCUGGUAACAUCUGCACCACCUGUGACAGAGCCCUGCAAGAUCCAUAUUUCUUUUGUUCUCUCUCAUGCAAGCUUCAACAUAUGCUGAGAACGGUUGGCAAUAUUUCGGAGUAUAUUCGAAAUUGUGAGUUUCUGGCGCUGCCUGAACCAGGAUUUGAUGAUGGCCAAAUGACUCCUGACUCGGUGCUUGAACCUUCCGGUUCAAUGUUGACUGAGUCCGGUUCCAGCAGCAGCGGAGUUGAUUGCCGGAAUCUUACGUGCACGGCUACUACAGAAGUUGUGAAGAAAAAGAGAAGCAAUUUGUCAGGCUUCCGGUCUGCAUGUCGGCCAGGAUGUGGACCGGAUGUUUCAGAGACGAUGAUAAACCGGAGGAAGGGUACACCGCACAGGGCUCCGCUUUAUUGAUUUGCGUACUGACUAGCGAUUGGAGAGGUUAGUCGUGGAAAGGAAUAUUGGGGUUUAAAUGAUAUAUUAUUUUUUGUCCGAGGGUAAUUUAGGUAAAACAGAUCACUAAUUUUGUAGAUUAUCCUAUUUGCUCUCUUUCUUUGCGUAAGAGGUCUGUGUUGAACUGAUAUAUUAACAGUAACUUUCUUUUACAGUGAAAAAGACAAUAGGAUCUC